CCAGUACAUAGUCAGCCAGGGUGGUCAGCCAAACACAUCCUCCUCACAGUCACUAUGCGGGUCCAAUGGUUGUUAUUGUUAUUGUGUGUGAUGGUGGCGGGACAGUCACCGGAAGACCUUCAAGUCAUCAUAAGUCACAGUGAUCAGCAGAUGGAAGAGAUCAUGAAAGACUCGGCGCGUGUCACAGCUAUCGUCGACUGUGUGGUGGAAGUGGCUGAUUGUAGUACUGAUCCGCUGGCCUUACCUAUGUACAGGAGCAUCAGGUCGUGGGUCGCAUCCCAGCAGAUAUGUUCCUUCUGUAAGGCUGAAGAGCGUAUGAAAGUUGAGUUUAUCCUCACCCAACUGACACUCCAGUAUCCAGACCAGUUCAUCAGGAUCAUACAGCAUUACAAGCUCACCCCCUGAUGACCACCUCUCUGAUCAACACCAGUUUAUGUAAAAGAUAUGGUUUUAUUCGUCAUAGAAAUGUUUCUAAAAUUUAAUAUCUCUCGUAACCUCUUCAUAUUUAUCUUCCUCCUAUUUACCUGACAUAUUUACACCCAAUUGAUAAAAUAAUAAUGUAAUGUAUUGAGUGAAGCAAAAAUAUAAUGCUGUCAUAUUUACUUUUGUUGCCACUACUGUAUCUGAAUUACACGGUACUGUAGUGGUUAUGUCUGUAGGGUGUUAGUGCACGGUGUUCACAUAGACUAUCAGCAUAACUUUCCUGUUACUUUUGUGGAUCACCUGCUUAUUUCACCUUAAGAUUUCACUACAUGAAAUGCAAUUGUCUGUAUUACUUUGAUGCUGUAUUUUGUGUUUUUGAUGAGAGUAGGUUUAACCAUGUACAGUAUAUACACAAUAACUCAAAAACAACAGUUAAUUUAAAAGGAAGGAUUGUGACUAAAAAAAUUGCCCUGAUCACCCGGCUAUAUUAUUGCUUCUGAAAUUCGUGGAUUUUAUUUUGAUAAUACAGAAAUACUUCAUCAAAUCGUAGGUACUUGGGUGUUAAUGAGUGGCUGAAGCACCAGGUGAACUGAAUGGGGCACAGGUAUGGACUUGAUGUUAAAACAAUAUGACGAACAUAGUGCCAAAUUUAUCUAAUUGUGUUCAUGGGAGACAAGUAAGCUUAAUAUAUACGAAUCAAACCUAAUUCAAUGAACCUAUAAAAAAUUUUAAUUAUAUUAAAUUUGGUAUUGUUGAUUUUUGUCAUAUAUGUUAAAACAAAACAAAAAUAAUAAUUUAGCGGCCCUGUUCGUGGUAACUUUGCAACAUUUGACAUACCUCCAGCGAAACGACAUUUAAAUAGGUGAGUGUGAGUCACCAGGUGAGGGGUGAGUUGUUACUGGUCACACUGGCCAGGUGCUUAUGGUGGUAUUGUACAGUGGUACCUGGUGACAGCACUAGGAUCCCGCUUCCUCUAUCAAGGAAUAAAUAUUGAAAUUGAAUUGAAUUGUUGUAGAGGAACACAAGCCGUGUAGAAUUAUCCCACUGGCUGUUUCAUGUAGACAGUGUAAGGAAGAUAAGAAAAAAUAUGGGAUAUUGGGCAGAGGACUACAAAUAUGACUUGGUGGUUUGAAGAUUAGGAAAAGAUUUGGAACUCUAGUGCCCACAUAAUGCCAAGCUGUGAAGUUGAUGCUUGGGUGAAAUGGAGAAGUGUUGAUACAGUUGGAGGGCAUCAUCGAGGUUGACAUCCACCCCUUAAGGUGGAGCUGCAACUUAGGAAGAAUUACACAGAAAGCAGGCAAGACGGACUUACAUUCAACAAUUGGUGUGCAGUGUCCACAUAGUCACAAAAUCCAUUAGCUACAAGUUAUAUGGCAUGACCAACAAUGGAGUCUGGUCCUCCCCUUAACCUGUCCACCACCAUCAAGGUAGAGGACCUUAAGGCGAUGGUUCCAGAGGAGAACACUCAUGAAUAUACAGUUGAAGGGGAGCUGGUGGAGGAAGCUAGUGGUGCUCUGGAUGAGGAUGGUGGCACAUUAGCUAUGGAUGGCCAUGAAGGCAACAGUCAAGAACUUUUAAAUCACCAUGAAGACACAAAAGAAAAUCUCAUGACCGAGACAAAACUGCUGUCAUCCAGAGGUCGACUUGGUGCUAAGGAAAAGGAGUACAAAUGUUCAGAAUGCCCAUCAGCAUUUGUGAGAGCAAGUCAACUACGAGCCCAUGAAAGAACACACUAUGAAGAACAGACAUAUGAAUGUGACCAGUGUGAUGAAGUGUUCGUCAGAAUUGGGUUACUGAUGAGUCACCGUAGGGAGCACCACCGCCAGAGUUUCUCCUGUAGUGAAUGUGAUGCAAAGUUUUCACAUUACAAUAGUUAUAAACUCCACUUGAGACGACACAGAGGUGAUAAGCCCCACAAGUGUGCAGACUGCAAUAUGGCUUUUGUACAGCAGUGUCAUCUUAAUAUUCAUCGUCGAAUACACACAGGAGAGAAACCUUUCAAGUGUGAAAUGUGUAGUCAAAGAUUUAAGCAAGUAUCUCAUUUGACAACUCAUAUGAGAGUCCAUACUAAUGAUAAACCAUUUACAUGUCAUCAUUGCAAUGCAUCUUUUUCCCAAACAAGUAGUCUCAAGAGACAUAAAAGAAGACAUACUGGGGAGAAACCUUUCAAAUGUGACGAUUGUGGUGCUCUCUUUGUUGAGAGAAGAAAUCUUUCUCGUCAUCAACUCACUCAUACAGGUGAAAAGCCUUAUAAAUGUGAGAAAUGUCCUGCAUCCUUUACUCAGAUGAUAGAUUUGAAACGUCAUCAGAUGUCACACUCUGGUCUGAAACCAUUUAAAUGUGAUGUGUGUGAUGCUGCCUUCAGUCGUAAGAAUAAUCUACGGUGGCAUAAACUGACCCACGAGGGAGACACCCCUUUCAGAUGUGAAAGAUGUAAUGCUGGCUUUAGUCUUCAGAGGGAUAUGAAGGCUCAUAUGAGGACACACUCUGGCACCAAACCAUUUAAUUGUGACCAGUGUGGGGCAACAUUUUCCCAGUUUAGUACAUUAAAACGACAUAGGCAGAGUCACACGGGAGAACGACACUUUGUUUGUUCUAAGUGUCAUGGAGCAUUUAAGGAUAAGAGCGCCCUCAAGCGACACAUGCUACGUCAUGAUGGAGUAAGACCAUAUGCAUGCCAAAAGUGCGACUCUACAUUUAUUGAAUAUCGUAAUCUUAAAAGGCACAGGGUGACUGUUCAUGGGGAAGAUCGUUUUGAAGGUGGUGAUGGCUCAACUGAACCAAGAGAGGGUGAAAAUAAUCAAAAUAUUCCUCCACCCAAGAAGAGAACAACAAAAGUUGAGGAAGAUGAGACAUUAAGUCAGAUAUAUGAUACAAGUUACCAUCCAGCUUCAAUUGUCCCACAUCAAGAGACUGCACAGCAACAUGUAAGUCAGCCUGUUUCUUUAGCACCACCAACCCCUCUUCAGCAAAACCAACAGCAGCCACAUACAACGUCUACAGUACAAACACAUUCCCAGUCUCCCUUGAUAAAUGAAAUUGUAACUAUCCCUGCUCAAGGUCCAGGACAAAUGCCCACACUAUUGCUAACACAGCCGGGCCAGCCACCAAAGACUGCCCGCCCUGCAAAUAAUUGUCAGAAUCACCAAUCCCAUGUUUUAACUUUUGUAGAAGGCAGCUAUAAUCACUGGCAAUCCUGGUGCUUCUGUGAAACUCCAAACAUUCCUGAUGGGCCACAGGCCAUUAUAGAUAGUGGAGGUGUUGUGAGCACUCAUCCUUCAACAUCCACUUCUGUACCCACUGCUUCUAUUCCACAACACCAGCAAAUGACGUACACAGAGCUCCAGCAGACUCAGCCCCAACAGCAACAGACAGUAGGAGUACAAGAAGUAAGCCAGGCUGAGUAUCACCAAGCCACUCAGUUUAAUAGUGGUUACCCUGAGCCUAUUCAUCAUUAUGAUGACAGUCACCAUCAGGAGUCCCUAGACCCACUUUCACAUCACCAUCAUCACCAUCAGCUUCAUCAGUCACACAGUCAUCAAGAUGAAGUUAAGAUUGCCAUUGAAUCUCCACGAUUAUUUUCUGUGACUGACAUUCCUCAAGAUGAGCAACAUCAUCAACAACCCCAGCAGCAACAACCACAGCACCAGACUCAAAAUCAGCACCAUGAACAGCAGCAACAACAACAACAUGAACAACAGCAACAUCUUCAGCCUCACCAAGAACAAGAUAAUCAAGAGCAGCACACAGUGGAUUCUCAAGUCACUCUCCAGUAUAGCUUAACAGUCAACAACCCUGCCACAGGUGACAUACAGAUUCAGAGUGAGGCAUUCCCAGCCAACCCUCCUGAUACUCCUGCUGACCCACCAAUUAAGAAGAGGCGACUAACAAAGACUGCAGAAUCACAGGAAGUCAGAACCCACAUUUGUAGUUCCUGUCCAAAAACAUUUUCAAGAAUAAAUCAUUUACUUAUACACCAACGAACCCACACUGGGGAAAAACCAUUCCAAUGUGGUGUUUGUUACCAGUCAUUUACUCACAAGAACAGUUUGACCAUCCACAUGCGGGGUCACACUGGAGAACGUCCGUAUGUUUGUGCAACUUGUGGAGCAUCAUUCACCCAGAAGAGUAAUUUGAGAGUUCAUUCACGUACUCAUACAGGAGAGAAGCCAUUUAAGUGUGAUAUGUGUGAUGUGGCUUUCACUCAGGGGAGUCACUUAACUGCACAUAAACGAAUUCACAAUAAUGAUCGUCCAUUUGCAUGUGAAAGCUGCCAACAAACAUUUACUCAGCGUAGUGCACUGAAACGCCAUCUUAUGACACAUACUGGCGACAAACCCCACAAAUGUGAUGACUGUAAUGCCAGAUUUUCACAAAAGGACGACUUGAGAAGGCAUCAACGUGUUCAUUCUGGUGAUAAGCCAAUUACUUGCACAUAUAAACAUUGUGCCAUCCUCUUUAAUGAUCGGACUGCCUUGGCUAGACAUAUUCGAACAAUGCAUCAGGGUAAGCCAGAGCCGCUUGGAGAUGGACCAAAAAAGAAAAAGAAGAAAAUGGUUGGAAAACAAAGCACAUGUCAAGAAAACAGCCCCAAAAACCAUAAAACCAAAUCGAAGGUCACCGAACCAACACGGACCAGUAGACGUCUCCGUGAAGCAGCAGAGAAAAAGAAAGAUAAGCCGGAAGAUUCAGAUUUUAUAAUGGGCGACUUUGUAGAAAUUGAAGAAGAUGUCAAACCUCCAGUUCGACAGAAAUCAACAAAGAAAAGUGUGAAAUUGGAGGAUGUAAAGGGUGAAGCCAAGAAUAAAAUGGAGUCUUGGUGCUUUUGUGAAGUGCCACAUGGGCCAGAUGAGCCUCACACCCAUGUUGCAAAGACUGAUCAUCCCACGAGUAUUUUGUCAACUGUGGAUGAAACUAUGUCAGUACAACAGGGGCCUGCAGGUCUAGAUGCUAGUGCAGAUGCCUCGGGUGCAACAUCUCUGCUUCAGCUUUCCAUGGAGCAUGUUACACACAAUCCUUCAACCGCUGGAGGCCUUCAAGCCCAAUCUGUUGGAGGUACUGUAACUAUUAAUGCAUCACCCAUUGUGGGAGCUUCACAGGUGGCAGAACCACCUGUAAUAACAGGAUCUUCCAACCAGCACACACAGGUGACCACAGGUUGUCAAGCAGAUUCAUCAGUAAAUCAGAAUUUAACAAGUGGGCAGGUGGUCACCACAGUGGGUCAGCCUGGAUCUGGUCAAGCUGGCGGUCGGUUAGUUGCCCAGCCUAUGUUAACCACGGGUCAGGUUGUUUCUGCAGGUCAGAUAGUCGGUGCUAGUCAAUUGAUGACACAGGAUGGAACAAUAUUUAUAGAAGCAGGAGAGAUGCUGAGCAAUGGAGCUGUUGUCAUUAAUCCCGGACAUGGUACCUUCAUCAGCUAUGAUCAGAUCACCAUCAGCCCAGAUGGUCAGGUAAUGGGUGUACCAGUUGGUGGCACCGGAACAGAGACACUGAUGAUUCAGUCAGCUGCAGUCUCUGUUGAUGGUUCUACAUCAACGGGAGGUGUUACAUAUUCCACCAGCUCGCAAAUGACAGAGCCUAGUGCUGCCCAGCCCGUCCAGUACACAGCUCUUGGUAGUGAUGUUAUUAGUCUCUUUUCACAAGUAGAACCAAAUAAAGAAAGUCCCAGUUCAGAUGUUGCAACUGAAAAAUCCCUCCCUGUAGUAGCUAAGCCUUUAGAAUGUUCUGUUUGUGCAAAAUCUUUUGCUCAAAAGCGUACUUUAUGGGCCCAUAUGCAGGAGGCUCAUCCUGAGCUGCAUAGUUGUUCAGAAUGUUGUGCUGCCUUCACCACACCAGAAUAUCUGAACCAUCAUAAAGCCCAACACCAAAAGCUUCAUGUAUGCUCAAGAUGUGGUAUGGCCUUCACCAACAAGUCUUCACUGAACAGACAUCGGCAGCAGAUGCACUCAGGUGCUGCUGUAACAGCAGAAGACAAAGUUUUUGCCUGUGAGAUUUGUGAUGCUAAAUUUCAUCAACAGAGUGAUCUAAGACGACAUAAUCUUGGUCACACAGGUGAGAAACCAUAUCGGUGUAAGCAUUGUGAUGCUGGAUUUACCCGGACAUCAAGUCUCAAUAAACAUUUGAGAAUUCACACGGGAGAGAAGCCGUAUGUGUGUGAAGAAUGCGACCAAGCCUUUUCUUACCGUUAUCAGUUUAAUAGACACAAGACUGUGCAUAGACAAGAUGAUCAGAGAAGCAAUUAUUCUAUGCCAUAUGUGUACACAGAAUGAGUGAACUGCAAGCAGUAGGUGAUUAUGCAUUGGCAGGAUAAAAUUCUGUAAAAAUAUUUCUUUUACCCCAUUGAAGUGGCAAACAUUACCAGCAUUUGACGUAAGGUGUCAACUAUUUUUCAGCCAAGAAAAAUAGUUUGUGGAAUAUUUUCUUCUCCACACACUUGCUUUGUCAAUUGCAAUUAUAACAAGAUUAUCAUUAGCCUGUCAACCACUUGUUUGAUACUUUUACCAUUUCCUUCAUGUACCAUUACAGUUCACCUCAUCAAACAAGUAUAUUUUGCCAUUAUUUGUUAUCAUUUUAGUAAAAAUUAAACUUUAAUAGACAUGGGUAGAUUAGAUGAUAAUAAUGACAAUGUUCAAACUUUAUGUGCUCAUAUCAUGAUCAAACCUUUUAGUUUUAAUAAUUUUCAAUAUACAGUAGUAUAUAAUUCACCUUGAUAAAUAUUAUGUAGACAAUUUCAUAGAGCCUUAUUUUUAGCUGUAUUUUUGUGUAUUUCAUGAAUUUUAUUCCAUCACUGUAAUGAAAGUAAGACUGUUAUGAUACAGGAAAAUAUAUAGAGAUAUAUUGAUAUUGAAUGUAUAUUAAUUAAGUUAGUAAAUAUUAAUAUAAAAUAAUUGUAUAACAUUUGACCUUGCACAACUGACCAAGAAACUUCUCAUUGCUCUGUAUUAUUAGUAAAGAGAUUACAUUAGGUAAAGCUAAUCGAGACAUCCUCCAUGAACAUACAUAAAGCCAUUUUGGUAAUAAUCAUUCUUGAAAAUAUAUAUUAAAAAAAAUCUACAAUUGUUUUCAAAGUACAAUACUACAGUACGGUAAUACCCCAGUUAGAGUUACACCAUAGAUCGCUGUUUCGUUCUAGCUUGUCAAUCGGCGAUUUUUUAUAUUGCUGUCACUAUUUUUUCUCAUCAUGUCUCUCACUGCUGUUGUGAUGUGAUGCUGGUUUAGUGCUUUGUUGGUAAGUACGUGCCCAUGGCUACAAUUGACUAAUAAAUGUGUUUUACAAUUUUAUAUUAA